CACUUUCUUUCCCUUUCUUCCUCUCUAUUAUUUGAAUCCUCCCCUCUCUUCUCCUCCCCCCCUGCAAACACAAACAGGUUAGCUUCUUCAACUAUUACACUCUGCUUUGUCUAUCUUCCACUCAUUUCAGCUCUGCAUACAUUUCAUGUUACAGGCUUACAGCUUUACCAGGAGAAACGCUAAGUUGAUAUAUUUGCUUCUAAAUUGGUUUCUACUUGUGGUGAGCAAAUUUAAAUCAAGCAUAUGGCUAAAUCACCUGGAAUCGUUAAUUUAUCUGCAAAAUCACCCCAACACCCUGGCUUGUAUGGUUCAAGCCAAGGAAUUGAUCUGCGGAAACAGAUUUAUGGGCAGUUCUCCAUUUUAAAGACAAAAUUUUCUGAUAAGGGGUUGUGGCAUGCACGUCAAAAACUACGUACUACAAAGACAUCAAAGAAAUCGGUUUUACUAUGCCAGUCUACUGAAACACAUAGUCCAGAAACAAAACAAUCGGUUAAGCACUUAAAGGAUUGUUCAAGUAUAUUAAGAGAGGAAAACGAGGAUGACUACCCUGUCAUGCAAGGUCGAAUUGUACAUUCAAAGCAGGGAUUAGCUGAAGCCAUGGAGUUCGCCUACAAUGAUGCAAAAUUUGUGAAUGAAAGGGCCCGAAAUGACAUUGUCUUGCUUUCCCGUGGCUUAAUGAGGUUGGAUGCUCGUGCACGCCAAGACGUCAGUAUUAUUGGUUCAGAGUUCUUAAAGCUUGAUGCUCGAGCUAGAGAGGAUACUGAGAAAAUUGACCAAGAUGUAAAGAGACGAGCUGAACAUCUUCACCACAUUGCCAUUAUAUUAAAAAAUAAAGCUCAAUCGAGAUUGCAAAAGGCUGCGGACAAGCACUGGAGUGAUGGAGCCUUGGAGGCUGAUUUGCGACGUGCUGACCUGAUUGCCAAGCAGCGUGCAAGAGACGAUGCUGUUAUGGCUUUGGAGUUUAUAAAAGACAUCCAUGAUAUGAUGGUGAGCAAGAUGUACACACUACCUCUUCAUAGGAGCAAGGGUUCCCUAUCUGCUAAUGAGAUGGCAGGACGCAUAACACUUGAAAAAAAUGGGAUUAGCCUUGACUUCUUUCCUGGGGAGGUGUCUGCUGACCGAAUCACUGCUAUUCAGGAAGCGUAUAGUGAUAUAGCAUCUGGACUCUCUGAAGCUGAUGGAGUUGACUACUCUGAUCCAGAAGAGCUUGAAUUGUUGGUUGCAACACUUAUAGAUCUUGAUGCGAUGGAUGGUAAAAGUAGUGUUUCUUUAUUGGCAGAAUGCUCAAGCUCUCCUAAUGUCGAUACAAGGAAAGCAUUAGCAAAUGCAUUAUCAGCUGCUCCAUCUAUGUGGACUCUUGGAAAUGCAGGAAUGGGAGCAUUACAGAGGCUGGCAGGAGAUAGCAACCCAGCAAUAGCUGCCGCUGCUUCCAAAACUAUAUUGGCAUUGAAAAAACAGUGGCAGAUUGAAGAGGGAGACAGUUGGAGGUUUGUAAUGGAUCAAUCUUCCACUAUAGAUUCAGACAACAAAGAAGAUGACAGAUGAGCCCCGAAAGUCCUUACUGUAGAUAUUAAUUACAGAAAGAGUAACUAGUAGCUAAUUGAUGCAUGUAAUCAUAAUAAAUUUCAAUGCUGUAACAGUUGAUAUUACUAAAAGGAAAGUGAAGUGUCUUCCAAAGUCCAGAGAUGAAUGUACUGACUUUGUUAUCUGCGUUGCAUUACCCACUGUCCCACUUUGUAUAAGACCAAGAUGAAUUAUUCCCCUGUGGCGGUGCAUUACAAUUUUGAACUUUUUUUAUUA